AUGCCUCCCAAAAAAUCAUCUUCCACCAAAAAGUGCGCUAACCCGCGGAUGGAAACUCCUGUCAUCGACUUCGUGAUGCGUACCCGCAGUGGUGCGCCUAUCAACCAAUGCAUGCUUCAGACUAAAACACUACCACCCGCCAAAAAAAUCAAACCUACCCCCUUGCCGAGGGGGAACUCGUUCAUGAGCUUCGACGACUACAGCGCCAUCCUUGCCCGGCGCGCGAAAUCCUCCGUUGCUACCACAGAGCCGCGCACUGACGCUGAGUCUGAUACCCAAGACCACCCGAAGACUGAUGACCUUGUCACGGACGAUGAGGACAACAGUGAAGGACAAGCGGAUGCUCACAAGGGCGAUCCCAAAAUUCAUGAAUCCUUACCCCCCUCUGAUACUCCAGAGGAUGAAAAUUCUUCCUUGGAUGGCGCCCCUUCCUCGGAGAACAACUACCCCGUGAUCCUUCCUCUUCGGAAGAGGAGUCUGACGAAGAUGAUGAUGAAUACAAAGAAGAUCAAGAAGCCGACGAAGAAAAAGAAGAAGGCCGACAACAACAACAGACAACGACUUACCUGCGCCUCCAUCAAAGACGAAAUUGCCCCAGAAGCGCGCACCUCCAAAAGCUCUCCCCCCAAAAUCCACAGUAACAGGGACUCCCCCGUCCACCCAGGUACUCCAGGCUGCCAUGCAUGUGACGACGAAGUCGGUCGAGAAGAGUCCCGUCUCCAACCUGGGCGGCUGUGCCAGGAAGGCAUAGACGACGCGCAGGAGCUCGGGCGCAAGACACUUCACGCUGCCAAGUUAAUUGGUGACAAAUAUGGAAAAUCUGCACGCACAAUACUCAUUGAGGCCGGGUUGUCUGUGAAACACUCCAGGGCCGAGACCCCAUGGAAUAUGCACCAAGGAUGGUACAAAGGAAAAUAUCCUCGAGAAACCGAUGAAGAACUUAGUGAUUGGAGAAAGAGACAGCGCGACCACUACUACAGCCUUGAAGACAGCGACCCGCUGUGGGAUGACAUACAAGCGCACUAUGAUGGUCACUUGGGCGGUGCUAGUAACAAUCGAUCGCAUGCCAGUAUUGUUAUGUCUACAAGGGACGCACUCGCUAAGCGUCUUAUUCUCAGCCUAGAAGGCAUUGAGGUCAUUGGCUGUGUCUUUGAUUCGACUCCUGAUGAGGCGGCCCGACAGGCCUCGGGUUUUGUUGCAGGCUCAUCCACCUUCAUGGAUGUCAUCAAUGAACGCCAAGUGGACGCCCAACUUGCGUUAGAUUGGAUUAUUACUGCAGCAAAGUACGUGGCUUGGAACUACUCUAAGUUUAAUCUUACAAUGUGUCCAGGGCAAAAAACUACCAGCUCGCAAUGCCGCGGUUUGGGGGGAGCAUAUGAUAUUUUGUUUUCGAAGCCUGGUGAAGCCCCAUGGGACCGUUACCGACGUAUCUGGCCGGUCAUGGUGCUGGAGAAACUAGAACAAUUCGGCUACAAAACGAAGUCUGUCCAGUGGCGGAAGUUACUCGACGUUGCAUACCAGAACAAGUUUCAAUUCGAACUCUGGCCUGACGAAGUUCCCCCAGUUGGCCCAGACUUCAACUACCACACCCUCAGCGCACAACAUCUGAAGUUACUCGUCGUGCCUUACAUCAAGCGCAGGGCUUUGCAAUAUUAUGACGCCGAACUGAAGACUGAAGCUGAGAGCUUACUCGAACUUCAGGCGCAAGCAAGGACGGAGCGAAAAAAACUCUUGAUGAUAUCAUUGACGAGUUGGACGUCGCUGUGUCUGAGAUUGAUAUUGUUCCUUGGCCCAAAGGUACUUAUUGCCCUGUUCAUUUUUAUGUCUAACGUUGUUGCUUCAGAUCACAUCGAGCAAUGUGAAAAAGACGACCCUAACAUGUUUGAUAUUCCUUUGGUCACCAGCGCUUCCAAUAUCGUGCUCCGGAAACUCGCGGACUCCGAGAAAUUCAAGCACUCCAUCCCCCAAGGGUUGCUUCAAAAAUACAAGGAAGCAACAUCAGUACGUGGUUCGAAUGUCGGUGUUCCUUCAGGGAGGAAGGCAGCUUGGAGAUACUACUCGGGAUCGCCAGUCUCAACAACAGACCUCCGCUGCUCAACGCCGCCCAUCGGCGUUUCAGCAACAGAAGUCUCGCAAGCGACCACAUGCAGAGGAUUAUGGCAAGUCCAUGAAUUACUUGCAGAUUCUCUUCUAAUCGAGUGUCCAGCAGAUGAACAACUUGAAUCUGAGGCUGAUAGCUUGAAUGCAUCAGACUCUCGCAUCACGAAGAAGUCGAAGGUCGUACGUCAUCGUGAUGGUGCGCCGCAUGUUGAAUUGCCACCUCCGCACUUUGUCCCUGCUCAUCCUCGACCUCGACUUCAAUCUCGACCUCGCCCUCGCCCUCGCCCUCGCCUUCGUGCACCUACACCUGACUACGAACCGCGUCAACACUGGGAUGAUGAGGUACAGCAGGUGUCUCCGCAUCAUCUUCAUUCCUAUGGGCAUAAUGUUGCCCAUCAUCAUCGCCAUGAUUUUCCGGCUGCAGGCCCUUCGAGAGUGGUUGCAAGGGCACGUGAGAGAUCCGAUUAUGACAGGAACACUCCGGCUCCUGGGUAUGAUUCAUAUGAUCGUGAUUUCGUUUACCGUGACUAA